GGGGUGGGGGGCGCUAGCUUUCAUGAUGCUAUGUGAGUAAAGAGCUUAAAAGAAAAAAAUCAGAAGUAACCAGCAAUCCACAUCCUUUAGCAGCAGUGCUACCUGCUGAUAAAAUUCAGGUGUAUGCUAAUAUAAUUUGGUUUUUUGGAGAAACGGGGGUAGGAAGGGAUUGAACUCUGUCAAGAGAAUAUCAAUACCACUGAGAUAUUAAUGCCACCUGCUCUCUUAUCCAGUCCUUGUAAGUCUUCUAAGAAAGGCUCGAUGUUAUGAUGAGGACUGAGGCUCAUGUGGCACUGGACCACAGAUAAUUUUGAACUCUGCUCCAUUCUUCAGGGACAGGCAGGCAGUUUUGUACAGAAAAUUUUUGAGAUGAAAUGUCAAAAAAAAAAAAGAAAACCUUUAGAAGAGUGGGAGAAGAGUCCAUGGCUGAGUCCCUCAGGAACUAAAACCGAGCUUCUUUGCUUCUGGAAGAGAGAAUUAGAGUCCCAGAUGGUCUUUCCUCCCAAGGAAUAGGAACUGAUGAUGACAUUGGUUUGGGUGGUUGCAGCCCCAGGCUGUUUGCUGGUUUUUCACAGGUUCAUUCUGGUUAGUGAUGUAUUUGGAAAGUGAAAAUUUUGCUGUCAUUUUCCCUUUUGGCUACCUUUGGUUGUCAUGGGGACAGAGCCAGCAAGACAACAAAAAUCAACAGAGCUUUAAGAUUGAAAAAGGAUUGGGCUAAUUUCAGGAACCCUAGGAAGGGCUCAAGGCUCCAAAAAAGUGAAGCCAAAAGUAAGGAGCAUCUUUUUUUCAAAAUGCAGAUAGCUCUGAGAAGAGUAAUAAUAAUAAUAACUACAAGAAUGACUCCUAAUUUUAGAGUGUUUGUUACCGUUUGCAAAGCAUCAUCAUCACUCUGUGAAGGAGGCAGUUUAAGCAUUGGGAUUCCCAUCUUACUCAUGCUAGAUAGCACACCAAGCUGUCAUUGGUCACAACAUCUUUGGGUCUCAUAUUGCUCAUCUAUCAUAUGAGAGGGUAGAACAAAUGAACUCGAAAGUGUCCUUGUUAGCUCUAAAUCCUGCCCAUGACUAUUGUCAACUAUUAAAGUAGAUGAAAGAGCCUGAUUUUAGGGAGAAAAGGAAAAUUGAAUAUAUUGAGAGUUUGGAGAAUUAUGUAGAAAGAUGUUUAACAGAGAGAAUGGGGAAUUGCCAAAGUUGCCAGCUUCAUAGUUUUGACCAGGAAGAAUUUUUACCAUGCUUCAGAUGGUUGGGACAGUUUGGUAGUGGAAAGAGAGCUGGACUUAAAAACAGGAAGACCUAGAUUCAAGUUGUGUUUCUGAUACUGUGUCCCUAAGUAAAUUAUUUGACUUCUGAGUAUCACAGGUAACUUUUAGGUCCACAGGGGAGGGACUUUUAGGUCCCCAAGUGGAAGAAAUUACUUUUGCUGAGCAAGGUAGCAUAUUUGUAGGGCCAACUUGUGUGACACUGAAAACUACUACUGAAAAAAAAAAAGAAUUUGAGGGUUAUUAUAGUGUCUGGAUCAUCCUGUGCCCUCUCUGUCCUCUGGCUGGAAGCUGAAAGGAAGCAGAUUUACAUCAGACUCAAAGAAUGGUAUGAUCUCCCCAGUGGAAAUUCCCAGGAGGUAGGGAUUGCUAUUCCUGACCCUGCCACUAGAGCUGUACUAAGUGUAUCACCAUUAAGACCCAUCAUGGUAUUUGCCACAGGCUUGUAGGGCACAGUUUAGCAUAGUACCCACCUAAAUCAUUUUGGAAGUAGGAAAAUGAAAAAAAAAAAAAUUAGGGAAAAAGUCACAGGCUAGAGCUUUAUAACCUGAAGUCCAUGAACUUAAAAAAAAAAAAAAAAAAGAAAACAACUCUUGUGAUAGUGGUUUCUUUUGUAAUUCUGUGUUUAUUUUCAUAAAUUAAUUAUGUUUAUUAAUAUUUCUUUGAUUUUAUGCAUUUGAAGACAUUUUUCUGAGGAGAGGUCCAGACUUCCAAAGUUUAAGUAAAUUAUGACAGAAAAGAGCUUAAAAGUUGUGAAUUUCAGUUUCUUCAUUUUACAUAUGAAGAAAGUCCUCUAGAUCACUACUUGUAUUUGAACCUGCCUUUCUAAAUGUAAGCCCAUCAGUCUUUCACUGAUCUCUACACUAUACUACGGUAGAUCACUAUCUCCACAACAGGGACAGUACUCACUCUCAUUUUCAGCAGGGUCCAGCAGGACCCGUGAGCUACCAUAGGAAAUUAACUAAAUCUUUCUUUCUGUUUUCACCUUCCUCUGCAUUACAGAGGCAAAUGAAAGAUAGAGAUAAAGCUCCCAAAGCUCGAGGCAAACCCAAUAACAUGGGGUGAUAGGGAAAUGGGGGAAGAUGCUUUAAGGAAAAGAGAUUAGGAAAAGUACCAAAAUGGUUCAUUUAAAAAGAGGCUUGACUCUGGAACCAGGACCUGAGUUCAAAUCCCACCUUGGAUGUUUCCUAUUAUCCUUGUGACUUUGCUUUAGCCCCUUAACCAACUUCGGUUGGCAGUUUCCUUUCCUGAGAUUGAUUCAAGGGCUUCAUAUCAUUCUAGCCAUGAAUCUCUAAUUCUGUGACCUCUUGACUAAAAAAAAAAAAAAAAAAAAAAAAAAAAAAAGUGGUUGAGAGAAAUUUUAUAAGUAUGUCUGAAAGAAAAAUCUUGUAUGGAAUUGCUGUCACUAAUGGCCUUGGGGCUCUGUAAGGGUCCCUUGAAAUUUCCUGUUUCAAUUUUCCCAUGUGACACCUGAAACCACGGGCCUCUUCUUAGCAUAGCUAUAUAUUUUUUAAUACUUAAAAAGUUGUCUCUCUUGUUUUUGUACUACAUUCAUAUAUCUCUCAUAUGUAUUCCAACCCAGUGAGCAUUCUCUUGUAAUAAAGAUUUUAAAAGAAAAAGAAAGCGGAAGAAAAAACAAUUCAGCAAAACCAGCCAAUGCAUCAACUGCCUCUGAUAACAUAUGCAAGAUUCCAAGGUAUUAUAUUUUUUGAAUUACAUACACAUUGUGACAAAAUUUCCCCUUUCUUUCUCCAAAAAUUCACAUUUAGGUGCAUGCCAUCUCAGUUCCCACAGAGUAAUUCAAACCUGCAUGACCACCAGGCUUUUGAGUUUUACCAUACUCCAUUAGAACCAUAACUAAAGUGAGGAUAACUGAGGUUUUUCCCCAGGGUGCCAAAAUUCAGAGGGUGCUGAUAGCAUUUACCUUUCAUUAGCAGCAUAGAAACAACUGACCUUAAUGUCUAGUUAGCAAUAGUAAUUACUUUUAAAAUGGGCCAAUCCUUCAUCCAGUCCCCAUCCUACCUCCACACCUGCAACUGCCCCUAUUGCAUCUCCCUAGGUAAUGUGUGGGAGUCUCCUCCCCCCUCUGAUCUGUCUGUCAUUACAAUCUAGUAUUUCAUACUCAUCCAUCACUCUCUUGUGUCACCACUACCAAAUAUGCUUUUGGUGGCAGGUAUAUGAGUGUUAGUCUAUCCCUUAUGUAAAAGUAUACUUUUUGCAACUAAAUUGGCUAUAUCACUUCUGUCAUUUGAGAAAUAGCCUGGUUAAUCAUUUACCAACACCAGCUGUCCCUGUUGUGUUCAUUUUGUGAAGUUUUAUUGUGGAGUACAGUGUCCCAACUAUCAUUUCUUUAGCCUACAAUUAUUGAAUUUAUGAUUCUCCCUGCCCCCAAAAGAAAAAAGUAUUAAAAAUGAACCAUAUUUCUGGCCAAUAGUUUCUGUUGUGUUACUGCUGUGAAUGUUGCCCAAGAUUCAGAAAUCCUGUCUGUGUCAAGUGUCAUUGCUUUCUGUGAUACCUGGUUCAGAAAUUAUUCAUCUCAGGGUAUUUGAUGUCAUAACCCCAGGUACAAGUCAGUGAGUGUUACUAUGUGCCAGCUACUUUGCUAAGGAGCUGAGAUUGUGAUGAAAGUCAAAAACAGUUUUUGCUUUUAAAGUAUUCACAUUUUAAUAGGAAAAGAACUUGCAAACCAAUAAAUAAAGGGUAAAGUAGAGAUAAUCUUAGAAGGAAAGACAUCAGCAUUGAGAGGGAUCAGGAAAUACUUCCUAUAGAAAGUGAAAUUGAAGGCUAAUUGGCUAAUUUUGACUGAACUUGCCUUCAUCUUAGAUCUGUCAGUAAAAUCCAGGGUGUCUUCUAUUCACCAUUGUUCUCUGGUAUUGCCAUCAACAAGUUUGGUUUUGAUGGCAGGUACCUGAGUGUUAGACUCUGUCCCUUAUAUAAGAGCAUCCUUUUUGUAAUGAAAUUGACCAUAUCACUGCUGUCAAUUAAGAAAUAGCCUGACUAAUCAUUUACCAAUCACCUGCUUGUGGGUAUUCAAAAUCCAAAUAUGCCAAGUAUGAAAACAGCCAGUGGGGUAGUACACACAGAAUGGGCUGCUACAAUCUCUGGUUGAGGACAGAAAGUAAAACAUUAACAGUCUGUUGAUGGUGGUUGGUCUUUUUAGUAACUUUAUGGAAAUAUUCCAUGGGCUCCAAUAAAUAAGCUAUCUUCUUGGUCUACCGCCAUCUUGGUCCUUCACUCAUAUGCUGUUUAUGUUCUUACAAACUAUUAGUUUGGAUGAGUUGCUGUUACUAUUUUGAAAGUGCUUCUGUAAGUAAGGAAAUAGGGAAAAGGUUCAGAAACUUUUAAAUGAAAAUUACCUGAGUCAGUCAGUGAGAUUGAGAAGCAAUGACAAUUGUAGGUGACUCUUAGAAUGAUUGAGGAGGGUGAGAAGGAAGGAAGGGAAUAAACAUUUAUUAAAUAUCUACUAUAUGGAAGACACAGUGCUAAGUGCUUUACAAAUAUGAUCUCAUUUGAUCCUUACAAUCCCGGGAAGUAUGUGCUGCUAUUAACCCAAUUUUACAGUUGGGAAAUUGAGGCAGAAAGAUUUGCCCAAAAUUACAUAAUUGGUUAAGUGUCUGAAACUGGAUUUAAACUUGAGCCUUCCUGACUUUAAAUUCAUCACUCUAUCCACUGAGCUACCAUGGGACCCGUGUUUGGAAACAGCUUUUCUAAAAUAAUUUUUAGUGCUUGAGUAUGUGGGAAACACUAAUUAGAGGUGAGCUCUGAGAUUGGCCUGGUUUUUGAUGCAAGUGUCACAUGCUUGUUGAGGAGCAGUUGAUCUUGGCACAAGCUGCUGCAGAGACGUCAUUGGUAUAAUUCUUCUGCGCUGAAUUUGGAAGAAAAAAGAAGACACAGUUCGAUGUGUAAAUCUUCUCCCUCUCCAGCAUCGCCACCCUCCAAUUCCAGGACGUCACUGUUACAAGUGAAAACAAAAUCCUGUAUCAGUGGCCAUAAUCCUGUCAGCAGCAACGCAAAGCCAUUCAAAACGCCCAAAGACAAUCUACUUACCUCCAGUAGCAAACAGCACACGGUCUUUUCUUCGAAAGCAUCAAGGGACAAACCAUGUGUUCCUGUUCCUAUAGUCAGUUUAGAGAAAAUUCCUAACCUAGUGAAGGCAGACGGUGCCAAUGUCAAAAUGAACUCCACCGCCACUCCUCCUGUGACCUCUGCCACCUCUUCCUCUGCUGUGCCUACCCCGCCUUUAGUUAAGCCGGCGUUGAUGUCCAAGCCGGUGCCGCCAUCACCAGAGAAGAUACUCAAUGGCAAAGGAAUCGUAUCUCCCUCAGUAGACAAGAAACACCAAAAUGGCACCAAAAGCAACAAGCCUUACAAGAGACUUUCAGAGAGAGAAUUUGACCCAAAUAAACACUGUGGAGUAUUGGAUCCUGAGACAAAGAAACCUUGCACAAGAUCACUCACCUGCAAGACACAUUCACUUAAUCAUCGGAGGGCAGUCCCUGGACGGAAAAAGCAAUUUGACAUCCUUCUGGCUGAACACAAAGCUCGGUCCAGGGAAAAAGAAGUUUCUAAAGACAAAGAGCAUCUCCCAUCAUCAACAAGGGAAACACAUCAGAACCAGCCUAUACCAGCACAAGACUCUCUUUUGGGAUCUUCGGUGAACUCUGGGCCAGAACUGAAAGUAGCAUCUCCUGCAAAAUGCAGACCACCUAAUUCUGUACUUCCUAGACCAUCAUCUGCAAAUAGCAUAAAUAGCAGCACAUCUUCAAAUCACAGUGGAUAUGCAUCAGAACUGCCACUACCCUCAAUUGGAGGAGAUCUAGCCAGUCGGUUAUCCAGUGACGAAGGGGAAAUGGAUGGGACGGAAGAGACAGAGAAGUUAGAUUGCCAUUAUUCUUCGCAUCAUCCUCGACCUCUUGGGUUUUGUUCAUUUGGGAGUCGCCUCAUGGGACGAGGGUACUACGUGUUUGAUCGGAGAUGGGAUCGCUUUCGAUUCGCGCUAAACUCUAUGGUAGAAAAACACUUGAAUUCACAAAUGUGGAAGAAGAUUCCUCCUGCAGCAGAUAGUCCCAUGCCCUCGCCAGCAACACAUAUCACCACCCCUGUUCCAGCAUCUGUUUUACAGCCUUUCAGCAACCCUAGUGCCGUGUACCUUCCUUCAGCACCCAUCAGCUCAAGAAUCACUUCUUCUUACAUAAUGACAUCAGCCAUGCUCUCAAACGCAGCCUUUGUGACAACAUCGGACACGAGUUCCAUCGUGUCCCACACCACAGCUUUCCCCCAUGUGGCUGCAACGCUAAGCAUCCUGGACCCAACUUUUAAGGCUCCAUCUGCUAUGUCCCCAGUGCCAGCUGUCAUCCCUUCCCCAUCCCACAAGCCAUCCAAAACAAAAACCAGCAAAUCCUCAAAGGUCAAAGACCUGUCUGCCCGUAGUGAUGAGUCUUCGAGUAACAAAAAGCGGAAGCCACAGUCUUCUUCCUCUUCCUCCUCACUAACCUUGCAGACAUCUCCCUCGUCUUCAUUUUCAGGGCCCCACAAAAAGAACUGUGUCUUGAACCCAAGUUCAACAUUGAACUCCUAUCAGGCGACAUCUUCCUAUAACAGUCUGUCUGUGCACAAUACAAACAAUGGAACAAGUCCACUCAGUGCCAAAAUGGAGCCCUCAGGACGAACUUCACUGUCAAGUAGCUCCACAGACUCCGUAAAACAUAUGAGCACAGUAGUCAGCAGUAUUGACUCCUGUAACCUGUCAGUGCCCUCCUUGGUCCACCAUGCAGGGGAUCUGUCCCUGGCCGCUCACAAUGCAGUGUCUUCUCUGCCCCUUUCUUUUGACAAAUCAGAAGGGAAAAAGCGUAAGAACUCUAGUUCUAGUAACAAAGCCUGUAAAAUCACUAAAUUGCCUGGUAUGAAUAGCGUUCACAAAAAGAGCCCAUCCAGCCUUAUCUCGCCGGUGCCAGAUCCUGCUAACAGCUCCAUCGCUCGGCAGGUUGGAAAAAAUAGCAGUGUAGCUUUGUCGCAAUCCAGCCCUUCAAGCACACCCAGUCUGGCUCACAACCGACAGAAGACUGCAAACCGAACGGGCAGAAUAAGAACUCUUCCAUGAUGAGGAAAGAAAACAACCUGUGAUGUCCAAUUCCCAGCCACCCUAGCCCACCACAGGUGUUAGGGGGUUGGGAAGGGUGGGGCGGGAAGUGAUGGGAGAGGAGGUGACUUUCUGUGUCCUGCAGGGGUCUCUACCCCAUCUUUUGAAAAUCAAUUUAAGGUUUAAGGAAAAAGUGAAAGAAGAAAAAGUGGAUUUUAUAUUUACUGAAAGCUGGAAUCACGGUUUUAGUUGUUUUUGUUGAUUUAGCUUUACUCCUUCUCUAGCUUCUGAUGUUGCACAGCACCAUCAGUUUCUUAAAAUAAUUCAGAGUAGACAUUCCAGAACCUCGGUUCCUGGUUGGCAUCUUUCUUAAGUCUUGAAGCUCUCACACAUACACUACUUCCUUUGUUUGCUUUCAUUUUUGUUUUCUUCCUCAUUCCCUCACACCUCCCAUUACUCUGUGUCCGGCCUUGUCUCUUUGGAGGGAGCUAGGUCUCAGCACGCUCCUGUAACAGGGCAGAUGAUGGGGGACACUCUGUUUGUGAGGGGUCUGGGCCACAGACCCAUUGCACGGGGAGCCGGUAAGGAAUGAGAGGUUGUGUGAAGCUCUUGUUAAUCAGGGUUUAAGCUGCCCGCUGGGGCAUGAGCCAAAUGCUGAGGACAAAACUAGGUAUUUCGGUAUCAGCCACACCAAUGUUUCAGGAGAGUUGCUACCAGUGUGAUGAUUUGCCCAACAUCAAUAUCUAGAUGUGAGGUUGGGAAAGAAUAGCUUUGGAAGGUGUAACCAAGGGUUUCUCUCUCUUAGCAGAAGGAGAUUUAAAUAUUGAAGGAAAUUGGGGACAAAUGGUCUGAGGCAGCAGAGCAGAUACCAUUAAGGAGAUAACAUAUCACAUUCCACAUUACUACAAAUUGAGAGAUAGGCAAUGGUGGGGAAACUGCUCAGAUGUCCGAGCCACACAUAGCUUGCCCUCACUCAGUUGACUAAGAUAGUUCUGAAUUCUCUUCCUCUGCUUCCAAUCCAGAAAAGCCCUUACUUAGAGUCUGAUAUGCAAGAACCCAAAGUUGGAGGAACCCAAAGUUAGAGGAACCCAUUUGGGAGAGACACAGAAACAAAUUCAGUAUAGGACAGGGCUCCUGCCUGCUGCUAAAGUUUUCAUGGAUUUUCCACUGUAUCCCUCACCUGCAUCAGGUGAAAAACAAACAAAACUAAACCUAACCACAAGGAGGAAGGAGGAGUCUCUAAUGAAGGCACCUGAGGAGGAGGGGUCAGUACCACUUUAACACUUCGGAUGGACAAACAUAAGCAUUUCUCAGCCAACUUCCAUUCUGGCAUACAUCCAUGAGCACAUAGGCCACAAGAGGUACCGCAAGACUACCAAAUAUGCAUGCCCGUCUUGCUUAUUACUCCCAUGUCCAAACAUGGCUUGACACUCCUCCAAAGCUCAAUGUUUGCCAGCCUUAAUGUGACGGGAUAUUCCUCUACCCCCUCAGGCAAUGGAAUAAGACAUCCCACUGUAUAGGAAGGUAGCCAGUGCAUUAGAGGAAUAGAAAAGUUAAGCUCCUGAGAAUGUGCUGGCUGGAAUUGUGGAGGAUAGGUAAUGGAAGGUCCAGUGGAAUAGGAAAUGUCCCUGGGGGCAGUGGGUAAUCAUAGAGGUAGGAAGAAAUUCAGAGCCUUGAAUUAGGAUUUCUUGGGAUUAAUAAUAAAUUUACUUAAUAAACUAGAUGUUUACUAAUUUCUUUAAUAUUAGACUAAUUUGGGGGCUAAGGAAUAGAAAUGCUAUGAAGUUUUUGUUACCAAAUUAGACAUUAAUAAUAGCUGCAGCUGGGCACAAAAAUGUCCCCUGAAUUCUUCCUUUAUCUUCCCAUCCCCUACCCAAUGAAACUACUACUGUUGGGCUUCAUCACACAACUGGAAUUUGCAAAGAUAAGAAGCAAACUAACUAGUUUGCAUCAAUGGAAUUGCACUGACAGUGUUUCUUAUAGGAUUACUAAAUUUUUUAUAUAUAAAAUAAAGAUUUUUUAAUCAGGAGUUGAUAAUAGGUACCAGGACAUUAGUACAGAGGAUUUCAUUUUUAUUUCUACAGUGUUAAAAGUGCACUUAUAUGCUGAUUUAAUUAUGUCUUGGAGAAAAAGAAGAGACUGCAAAUAGAAGGGAGAUUGUUACUUUUUUCUUUAAAAAAAGGCUUAAGACAGAUUUUAAGACUUAGAAAUGUUUAAGCAAUUAUAAUAAACAAGGCUAGACUCUUUGAAAAAAGUUUAGAAAAUAUUCUUAAAGUAAAUUUUUAUAGUGUUAAUUUUGUAAUAAUUUAUGUUUUACUAUAUUACAGAGCUAACUGACCAGAAUAGUUUCAGAAACAGUAUGAAACUUAGGAAGGUUUAAGCAAUGUUUAUAUUUUCCAAAUGUUCUAAUUAUGUUUUUAAUGUAUAUUUCUUCAGACUGAAAAGUGUGUACAUAUCUGUUAUUUUUGCACAAUUUUUUUUUGUCUUGUUCAGUUUUAGGAGCAGAAGUCUGUUGUGUUGUUUUGGGGUUUUUUUUAUAAUUUAUUUUAAAUUGUAAAACUUGCAGGAGUUUUUGGGUUUUUUUAAAUCUCAACAACAAAGUAACCCUCUGUGAUUAAUGGACUGUUGCUUCUUCUGGAGGGAAAGCAAAGGUUGUGUGAGAUUCAGUGGCUGCUUCUGAGAAAGAAAGUCUUCACGGUGACUAUAGGAGCAAUUAAUUACCAGUAGUUUGACCGCAUUUGUAGCUCUUUCCACACAUCUUUUCACUGGGAAGCUGGAAUGUCGAGGCUCUCCAUCAAAUGCUGCUUAUAUUCAUCAAUUGGCUCUGAACUAAGUGAUGGCAUUUCUGGGAAACUGAGCAUCCUAAAAUAACCCAUGAAAUUUCUUCCUUCAAACAAAUCAAUGGUUUACUUCGUACUAUAUUAAGAUGCUCAGCCUGGAAAAAGAAAUGGAAAGAAAACAUUUUCUUUUGGGUUCUUAAUGGAAUUAAACUGGACCAGUUUGUAAAGCAUUAUUAGUGUAGCAUCCGUUCAGCCAUUAUUUUUCCAUCAACACUCAUUGACUUUCUUCAGCCGGUCCUGUCACUGCGCACCCCAGUCACCUUCACCUCCAUUUGCCUGAAGAUCUUGUGAUUUGUCUCCAGCAAUAGAGGCUCCGAAGCUUUGGUCGUUCCACAUACGCAAUGCAUAGACCUGUCAGCCAUAAAAAAAAAAAAGCGACUUGGAUAACUUGUAUGCCUUCUUUUUGUAUCAAUGUACCAAUUGUAAAUAAUGCUGAUCAACCUUUGUAGAGAAUAGUUUAUACAGCAUAUUCUAUUAUUGCUGAUUCUCAGUGAACUAUUGUUUAAAAAAAAAAAGGAAAAAAAAGAAAUUUUUUCUAUUUACACCUUAUAUUUUGUUAUGCUGUUGACCCAUGGCACUUUAACAAAACUCUGUGGGUUUUGCAUAGCUGGUCAGUCAUGGGGUAUAUUAAAUACUGUUGUUGCACAGAAAAGAAUUUGCACCUGCUCUAUUGUGCUUUCCUACUACAGAUUUUAGAAUCUUUUCCAGAAGACUUUUGAAGAAAGCAUGUCCAAUCAUUCUUAAAAAAAAUUAUAUGCCAUACUUGUAGAGUGGAUUUCUUUUCUAUGAUCCAUAUUUUGUAACACUAAGUAUUUCCAUUCUUUAUCCCGCACCUUUAUGUAUUAGCACUAUCGGAUAGAAUUCAUUCCAUGCUUGUGAUAAUUGUAAGCAGAAUAAAUGUCUAAAGUAGGUGUAAAUAGUAAAUUCUAUGGCUUACAGUUUAAAAAAAAAAAGGAAAAACAGAACAAACAUGUAUCUGAUUGAUACUGCCAUGGUUCAUCACCGGGCCUGGAGAUAUUCUCUAGUGAGGGAUUGUAUUUUUUUGGUUUUGGGUUUUGGGUUUGUUUUUUUUUUUGGGGGGGGGGUGGCUUUUUUUUGUAACAUGGCUUUGUAAAUAAAAUAAUUUAUAUGUUUGUAAGAAAAAAA